AUGCACAGGACUGGAUGGCAACACGACAAGAUCAGUUCGAAAGGUGACAAGGUCCGAUUGAAGCCCCUGCUAACCUACGUCAACCUGGGCGAAGCGGACCCGGAGGACGACGGCGAGGAGCAGGAGGCCGAGAAGGAAGCGUCGCAGCGGAGCCUCAAGAUCCACGAUGAGGCAGUUGCAGAGCAGGCGGCACCGCACGGUCCGGACAAGGAAGCCGAAGCCACCGAUAUCCCUGAUCAGGACACGGAGGCCCCUGCAGAACCCAAAGCGAAGCAGGCCAGCGACUCGGAGUGCCACCUAUUCACGCUCUGGGAGUAUCCCAAAGGCGCACCGACCUACGUUCGCCUGAACAUCGAGUCUUGGCGACGCCACUCACACGGUCGCUGUGGCGAGCCCAUCUUCCUGAAUGAGCGCAACCUGCGGGACUGGAUUCCUGACCUUCCGGAGGAGUACUUCAAGCUGCCCUACCAGGCUUGCAAGUCCGACGUGGUCCGCUAUGCGGUCAUCUACCACCAUGGCGGGAUCUACAUGGACACGGACUUCCUAGUCGUUCAGGAUUUGGAUCCCGUCAUCGAUGUGCUCAAUCUGGAUUUGGUGUCAUACUCCGGCAGCAACACGGCAGGAAAGGAGUGCCCUGCCAGCUUCAGCUCGAACUUCUUGGGGGGGCGGAAGGGCAGCCGAUUUCACAAGGAGGUCUACGACGCGCAGAUCGAGAAGAUGAAGAACUACUGCCCUCUCUCGCAGAAGGGAAGCCUCGUCAACGGAAAGGAGCAGUUCUGCUGCUUCGAGGAGAAGGAUGUCAAGUGUGAUGUGCCCUGGGCGGCCAUUGGGGAGGGCGUCUCCCACCAGGUCCUCAAAAGGAUGAAUGCCGGCCAAGAUCGAAUCACUUCGCAUUGCUUUGCUGGAGACGAUUCCUUCGUUCCCCACGACAUGGAAGGGGUGCUGCUGCACGCGCCCCUCCUCGAGGAUGCCAAGCGCAGGUUCGGCCGGCAGGGCGUCCAGAAACCCUUCGAUCGAAUUGCGUAUCACCUAUUCAACUCGAUGACCUCCCUCCAGUCCUGGUCUUGCAAGCGCCUCUCCUCCAACUCCACUCUGGUCAGCGCCCUCUACCGCAGGAGCUUCACCACUGGAGCUGGCUCCCAGAUCGUGACAGGGCUGGAAGCCUCUGAGUUCCUCCGGCAGAACUCGGACUUCCGCGAGCACAGCAGGCCUUUGGUGGGUGGAAGCGAGGUUCCAUGCACGCGGUUUGAUCAGUUCGCCAAUCUUGCGAAGAUGUUGCCACCGCCGUCUGGGAAGGCUGACAGCUCAAAGUGCAAGAUCUUUACCAUCGCUUACCCAGACACGGAUGGCGCGCCCCUGGCUUUCCACUUGAAUGUGAACUCGUGGCACCGCCACACGCAGGACGUCUGCGAUGAGCCGAUCCUGAUCAACGACACAAAUGUGAAGCAGUAUAUCCCGGACCUGCCGAAGGAAUAUUUCCGGCUACCCGGAACCCAGGAAAAGCUAGACUUGAUCCGCCACGGUUUGAUCUAUCACCAUGGAGGUAUGGUCUUGCAGUGGGAUGUUGUAUUUCUGCAAGACCUCAGCCGGGUGGUCGAGAAGAUUGCAGAAAACGAUCUGGUCUCGUCUGAGGAGCGCAAGCAGGGCGAAGCCUUCACCUGCAGCGACUCAUGGCAGAUCCUCUUCACUGCAGGUAAGAGGGGGAGUCUCCUCCACGGAGCCAUUUGGCAGGAGGCCAAAGAUGCGGUUCUCAACCACUGCCCUCUUUCUGACCAGGCCAAGGAGAAGCUUUGCUGUUUCGAUGCUUCGCGCAAUUGUCACGUACCUGGCGGCGCCCUCAGCGAGAUCUCGAUGAAGACCAAGAAGGAGUUCGAGGGCGACGAUCAGGUUUUCUCGUCGUACUGCUACGCAGAGGGCGAAUCGUUCCGUCCGGCGCUCUUCCAACAGAUCCUGGACCACACCCCUCUAGCAGCGCCGGGACGCAAGCGGUUCAGGGACGAGCACCAUCGAGAGAUCGAAGACACGCUGGCCUUGUUCAUCCCGCUGUCGAUGACCCAAGACUUGAAGUGCCAGGACCUCUUCGAUCGUACCAAGGUCAUCGGCACUGUCUAUGGCAAGAGCUUCGGAGUCUUCGACGGCAGCGAGGAGAAUCAACAUUGCAAACGGCCGAGUGCAGUCAGGUCUAUUGCGGAAUCGCUGCCCACGCCGGCUGGCGCGGAAUCCGAUGACAUGUGCCGGAUUUUCUCCCUGGAGCUUCCGGAGACACCAGUAGCUGCCCAGAUCAACUUUGCGUCCUGGCGACAGCACAUGCCGCCCUGUGCGGAGACUGUCCUCAUCAGCGACGCCAACGUCAGGCAGUGGCUGCCAGACAUCCCCGAGGACUACUUCCAGCUCCCGGGCCCGGAGGAGAAGCUAGACUUCCUCAGGCACGGCUUACUCUUCCACCACGGCGGCAUCGUCAUGCGUAGGGACGUCGUGGCGGCUCAGAGCCUCGAAACCACGAUGACGCUGGCAUCGUUGGUGGACCUGCUGUCGUCGGCGGAGGAGAAUGGCGGAGGCUCAGCCUGUGGCGGUUCCUUCCAAGGGUCCCUGAUGAUGGGAGGGAAGAAGGGCAGCGCCUAUCACGGAGUAGCCUGGACGCUGGCCAAGAGGGCCAUUUCCCAGCACUGCCCUCCGGAAGAUCGCAGCAAGGAGAUCAUUUGCUGCUUCGACGGCCCAGAGCAGUGCCACAUACCUGGUGGCAGCCUUGGUGAUAGCCAUUCGAGCAGGGUGAAGCGGAUGUUCGAGGUUGCCGGUUUGAGCCUGGACUCCCACUGCCUCGCUGGACAAGACUCGAUUCGGCCUGCCUAUUUCCAGUUCGUGCUGGACCACAAGCGAAAGCUCGCGGAUGCCAGCGAGUACUUCACGACCAAUCGGCACAUGCAACUGCUGAACAGGACUGCUUUCUACAUCCCCUUGGCGGAUGCCAAGCGCGCGUGCCCGGAUUUCUUCGAGAUGCAGACGGUCGUGGGGGCAGUCUAUGCCAAGAGCUUUGGCCACUCUGACGAUGGGUUCUGCCCCUUGUAG